AUGCCAAGGAUUCUUACAUUUUGCAGCAAUCAUAUUUGUGAUGAAGAUUGCUAUCUUCAUCGCAGAGGUUUCGGUGCAGUUUAUAAAGGGGAAUUUGGCAAUGGAACCCUUGUAGCAGUGAAGGUUCUAAAUGGGAGCUCAGACGAGAGAAUUGAGGAACAAUUCGUGGCAGAAGUUAGUACAAUUGGAAGAAUUCACCAUUUCAAUCUGGUCCGUCUUUAUGGCUUCUGCUUUGAGAGACAUCUCAGAGCACUUGUUUAUGAGUACAUGGGAAAUGGUUCCCUUGACAAGUUCUUAUUCCAUGGAAGCAAGAUCUUAAGAUUUGAAAAGCUUCAUGAAAUUGCGAUCGGGACAGCCAAAGACAUUGCUUACUUGCAUGAGGAGUGUCAACAACGAAUAGUCCACUACGAUAUAAAACCUGAAAAUAUUCUUUUGGAUGCAAAUUUGCUUCCAAAAGUAGCUGAUUUUGGCUUGGCCAAGCUCUGUAACAGGGAAAAUACUCAUAUAACCAUGACAGGGGGCCGGGGGACUCCUGGCUAUGCUGCACCAGAGGUUUGGCUGGGAUUUCCUAUAACACACAAAUGUGAUGUUUACAGCUUUGGGAUGCUAUUGUUUGAGAUCAUAGGCAGGAGAAGGAAUCUUGACAUUAAUAUUCAAGAUAGCCAAGAUUGGUUCCCAAGGUGGGUAUGGAGGAAGUUUGAACCUGGAGAACUAAGAGAGCUAAUGGUAGUUUGUGGGAUAGAGGAGAGAGAUAAAGAGCGUGCAGAGAGAAUGGUUAAGGUAGCUCUCUGGUGUGUCCAGUAUAAGCUGGAAGCAAGGCCUUUGAUGAGUGUUGUGGUGAGAAUGUUGGAAGGAGCAGCUGAGAUUCCUAGACCUUCAGUUAACCCUUUUCAGAACUUGAUGCCAGGCACUCUGCACCCUAAUAAACCUGUCGGUUCAGCUUUUCAUUCAGAACGUACUAGCGCUUCUGGUUCGAUUUCCUUUCAGACAGUAACUGAAUUCAGCGUUAUGCAUGCUACUCCUUUCAUGACGAAAUACGAGAUUGAUAUAGUGUGUACCUAG